GUGACGGGUUCCUGGAAAAGCUCAUUUUUGACGUCACUGCGAAGUCCUUUCAUUUGGUACCAAAACUGUCCCACAGAGUUGUAAAUAUUACCUAGAAACAGAGGCUUAAAUCCAAAGUUGUGUGUUCCUGUGAUCUCAGGAUUUUUAACAGACACAUCCACAAAGCAAGGCAGGUUGCAAACACUCCCAGCAUUCAUGGCGAGGAGUUCAAUCAAGGCUGCGAGUGAAACACUGGAUUUUGAUGACGACACUUUAAGAGCAAUAGCAGAGGUUUACAAGAAUGAAGGCAAUGAUGAAUACAGAAAGAAAGAUUUCAGCAACGCAGUUUACUUCUACACAGAGGGGCUUAACGUGAACUGCAAGGAUAAAGAAUUGAAGGCCAAACUGUACUGUAACAGGGCGAUUGCACAUUAUUACUUGGGUAAUUAUCAUGAUUCACUUAAUGACGCAAGGAAGGCCACUGAAUUGCAACCAAACUAUUUGAAGGCAAUUAUACGAGGAGCGAGUGCCUGUGUUGAGCUGAAUCAGUUUGAAGAAGCUAUCACUUGGUGUGAUAAGGGAUUGGCAAUUGACAAAGAGAACCGAAAUUUGCUGGAAAUAAGGAUUAAGGCUGUGAAAGAACAAAACAAACUACAAGAAUCAAGCAGAGGCAAGGUCAAAGGUCAUUCAGAAACUCAAACUGUAAUAGACACGGCCAAGAAAGCGAGAAACAAGGAAAGUGAAGGACUUAAAUACGCUCUUCUUGGCACUAUGUUUUCCGCUCGAGGCGAAUUCAAAAAGGCUAUAGAGUACCACAAACUCUACCUUUCUAUUACUAAAGAACGGGGAGACAAGGAGGCAGAACGAAUAGCUUAUAGCAGUCUUGGCAUUGCGUUCUACAAGCUUGGUGAUUUCAAAAAAGCCCUGCACUACCACAACCUACAUCUUGGAAUGGCCAAGGAAGCCGGAAACAAGGUUGAGGAAGGGAGCGCGUAUUGCAAUCUUGGUCAUGCUUUCCUUGGACUUAGCGAUUUCCAAAAAGCUAAAGAAUACCACAACCUUGAUCUUGCUAUUGCUAAAGAAAUAGGAAGCAAGGCUGCGGAAGCACGCGCGUAUGGAAAUCUUGGCAAUGCAUUUUAUGGCUUUGGUGAUUUCAGAAAAGGUAUCGAAUACCAGCACCUACGUCUUGCUAUUGUCAAAGAACUCGGAAAUAAGGCUUGGGAAGGAGAUGCGUACGGGGAUCUCGGUAUCGGUUUUUUCAAUCUCGGAGAUUUUGAAAAAGUCAUGGAAUACUAUACUCGCCAUCUCAGUAUUUCCAGAGAGGUGAGAGACAAGGACAUGGAGGGACGUGCCUGCCACAACCUUGGCAAUGCUUAUUACCAUCUUGGGAACCUAAGAAAAUCCAUUGAAUACUACAGUCUGCGUCUUCGUAUUGCUAAAGAACUAGGAAACAAAUAUGAUGAAGGAUCGGCAUAUGGCGCUCUUGGUAGUGCUUUUUACAAGCUCGGUGACUUCAAAAAAGCUAUAGACAACUUUCUUCUAAAUCUUAGUACUGCCGAAGAGUCAGGAAACAAAGCUGUGAAUGGACUAAUGCAUUGCAACCUUGGCAAUGCAUUUUUCAGUCUCGGUGAUUAUAAGAAAGCCAAAGAACACCACAGGGUUGACCUUGCCAUCAGCAAAGAAAUGCGAGACAGGGCUGGGGAAGGACGUGCCUAUGGCAACCUUGCCAAUGAUUUUUCCGGACUCGGUGAUUUAGACAUGGCCGUCAAAUACCACAAGCAGCAUCUUAGUGUUGCCAAAGAGGUUGGUGAUAAGACCGGACAGGGACGCGCACACGACAAUCUUGGUACUGUUUACCAAAGGCGCCACAUGUUCAAGGAAGCCAUCGAACACCACAAGCUAGCUCUUGGUCUUGCUAAAGAAGUCGGAGAGAAGGCUGCAGAAGGACGUGCCACUGGCAAUCUUGGAGGAGCUUUUGAAGGGCUAGGCGAGUCAGACAAAGCCAUAAGCUACUACAAGGUCUUACUUGGUAUUGCUAAAGAAGUGGGAGACAAGGAUAUGGAAGGUCAUGCUUAUCAAGUACUAGGUAACAGCCAUGAGUCCCUGGGUCAUUUAUCUGAAGCACAAGAAUGUUACCAAUCUAGUGUAAGAUUGUACAAUGAUGUGAGAAGUCUUCUCCGGUCGAAAGACGAGUGGAAAAUCAACUUUCGACAUAAAAAUCAUUUUGCUUACAAUGCCUUAUGGCGAAUUCUUUUGAAAGAGGAUAAGAUUGUUGAAGCUUUGUUUGCUGCUGAAGAGGGACGAGCCCAAGCUCUAACUGAUCUUAUGGAAUCUCAGUAUGGCGUUCCCGCAAGUCAGUCCGGAUCACGAGGACAAGAUACGACGGAUUUUGAAAUGCUGAAGUGCAUUCCUUCAAGCACAAGUUUUCAGGCUCUUGACAAAGACACGAUCACCAGUUGGGUCAUCGUAGAGGGAAAACCCGAGGCUGUUGGACGAAAAGUAUUCGCUCAUGAUGCUACUACCUUUUUUCGGGUCUUGGUACGAAUUGCCUAUAACAGCAUUGGUGUUCGUGCUGGUGUGAGUUGCGAGGACCGAUCCAUGGAUGCGUUAAGAGAAGAUGCCUUCCCUGACGAGACAUCACAACCCACGUCUACACCACAAGAGAGUAGUUUGAACACCUUGUAUAACAUCAUAAUCAGGCCCAUUUCCAACCUGCUUCAAGGUAGUGAACUAAUCAUCGCCCCGGAUGGUCCACUGUGGCUAGCUCCUUAUGCCGCAUUCACGGACACUGAUUCCAAGUACCUCUGUGAAUCGUUUCGAAUCCGACUGAUUCCCUCGCUGACGAGUUUGAAAAUGAUUGCUGAUUGUCCUGAAGAAUACCACUGCAGGAGUGGUGCAUUACUGGUGGGAGAUCCGUGGUUGGUAGAAGUUACCAACAGCAAGGGUCAGAAACUCCUAGAACAGCUCACGUUUGCCAAAAUGGAAGCGGAAAUGAUCGGGAAGAUUCUCAAUGUAGUACCACUAAUUGGAAAAAAGGCUACAAAAGCUGAAGUGCUACGACGACUGAGUUCGGUUGCUCUUGUACACGUUGCAGCGCAUGGCCGCGAGGAAACUGGUGAAAUAGCCCUAACUCCCGACCCGAAGCGAGCAUCCCGAAUCCCCACAGAGGAAGAUUAUAUUUUGACAAUCGCAGAUGUGCUGAGUGUUCAAAUGCGAGCAAGACUGGUCGUGCUUAGUUGUUGUCACAGUGGCCGAGGAGAGAUCAAAGCUGAAGGCGUGGUCGGUAUUGCACGUGCCUUUAUGGGUGCUGGUGCUCGUUCUGUUCUGGUCUCACUCUGGGCGAUCGAUGACGAGGCCACGCUGGAGUUUAUGAGAAGUUUCUACCGUCAUCUUGUGGAAGGGAGAAGUGCAAGCGAGUCCCUGAACCUGGCCAUGAAAAGCCUCAGAGAAUCAGACAAGUACAGCGAUGUGAAAUACUGGGCGCCUUUUGUACUGAUUGGUGAUGACGUCACUCUAGAAUUUGGUGCAAAGAAAUGAAACCCACAUCGUAAGUGGAAACUGUCUAAUUGACCUACAAGUUGUCUGUUACUUAUUUUUGUGUAGGGAAAGGACGUUUCUGUCCAGUUCAUUGAGAAAAAACCGUAACUGGCGUUUUAUAAACAAAGUUAAGACCCAAUAAUUUUUGUGCCGCCAUUUUGAGCAGUUCAAUGUGUACGGUGAUUAUAUAACGUUUUGUGAAAGAGUUUUGUAGACUGCUUGUGUAAUACAGCAAAGUCGCUUUAGUUUAACCACGUGAUGAUGUAUAAUUCCCCAUCUAUAUUGGAAAUUUGAUUAAUUCAUUUGACUGCGUUUCCGUUUUGCAUAAAGUAUAGUAACGGGACAGAGCCAAACCAUAUUUAGUUACUUGAAAAAAAAAUUAGUCUUAAACAGUUUCUUAAAUGAUAGCUCAAAAUUGCUUUUGUCUAGCCUUAAUUCAACGAAGGUUGUAAUCGAUUAUAAGAUAAAGGGAUUGAAUGUUAAUUGAUUUGUCUUUGUAAGGUCCAAGAAGUUAGAUAGUCGUUUAGACCAAGAGCGGCCGCCCUCUUUACCUUACCUCCCACAAGCAAGUAGAAAUUUAUUACUUAUGAAAAGGCAACGGAUAAACCGAUAAGCAAUUUCAACCGAGCUUUCCCUUCGCCUAGCUUUCCCUAUUGGUCACGUAAUCUAAUACCUUUUAAUAUGUAAAUACAUUUUAUCCAGAUAACCUCCAGUUGACAUCAUCGACGAUACAGAUUCGUGCUGUCAUGGUUACUUGUUCUUGAUCAAUUUUUUAGAUGAGAUGAAAUUAAUUAUGACAAUACGGAACAUGUGAGCAUUACCCAACUCAUUAUGUGCCUUGUUGGUGUCCAAUUCAUCAUUUAGGCAAAAUUUAAAUAAAUGAGUUUUAGUACUGGGAGUAAGGUUA